AUGGGUUCCAAAUUCUGGCCGAAACGGAGGUUCGCCGGGCAUCACUGCAUCAUUUUACGGAAAACGCUGGUCGCCUUCGAAUUCACUCCCAACCACAAACCCCAACCCAACAGCAUCCUCUUCCUCGGCGGUCUCGGCGACGGCCUCGCCACGACCUCCUACGUAGCCGACAUCGUCACCAGCCUGCAACCCACGCAAUGGUCCCUCUUCACCCUCAACCUCACCUCAUCCUACCAAUCCUGGGGCUUCGGGCACCUGGACCGCGACACGGACGAGAUUGCGCAAUGCAUCGCGCACAUCCACGCGCACAAAACCGCCCACUUCGGCUCCCCCGGCCGCCUCGUCCUCAUGGGCCACUCCACCGGCAGCCAGUGCGUGCUGCACUACCUCUCCCAGCCUAACCCGCACACGCGCAUCCCGCGCUUCGACCGCGGCCUGGAACACAGCCACCGCCCGGUCGUGGAUGGCGCCAUCAUGCAGGCGCCCGUCUCGGACCGCGAGGCCAUCCACCUCAUCAUGCGCGACGGGUUUUUGGGCCGCUCGCCCGCCCAGCUGCGCGAGACGUAUGAUCGCCUAGUGGCGUUGGCGCGCGCGGGUGUGGAUGGGGAUGGGGAUGGGGAUGGGGAUGAGGACGGGUGUGAUUCCAUGCUGCCGAUCCAUUUGACGGCGCAGUUUGGCUACCCGCGCAACACACCUGUUAGUUGUCGCCGGUUUUUGAGUUUAGUUAGUCCGGAUAGUCCGGGGAGGCCGGCCGAGGAUGAUAUGUUUAGUUCGGAUUUGGGGGAGGAGUGCUUGGGGAGGACGUUUGGCAUGGUGGGGCGGCGAGGGUUGUAG